UGUUGUGAAUUGAUCUCAAUAUUUCUUCUUCCUCCACUCUUUGUCUCUCCCCUUAACUUUUCCUUUAUACCAUUGUCUUCUAAAGUUGAUUGAGAAAUAAUGAAAGUGUGGAAUUUACCUUAGUUCUUGAUCUUAUUUUAUUAGUCUUCUUAUUAAUUUUUUUUCGCUUAUGAUGGGUUCAGAAGUGGCAGAAUCCAUUAAAAAAGAGAACUAUGUAUUUGUACCCAAUGGAGAUAAGGAGGGUUUGUACAAUUUCACUAAAUUCACCAAAAUCUGUGCCAUUUUGGUUGGUUUUGGUGGUGCAAGUUUUUCUUGUCAUGUCUUUUUAUAAGUGAAAAAUAUAAGUGACAAGAAAAAAUUCAAAGCUUGCUCUUAGCAUUUCUCUUCCUUUUUCAGCUCUCUUCUCAUUCACUUUCUGUACAAUUUUUCCCACUGAAAACCAAAGAGGGGUUAAAAUCUUACUGGUUGAUCCAAAAAAUAUUGAAUUUUCAAGAAACUUGCAACAAUGAAGAGAGUUCGUAGCUCUGAUUCUUUGGGUGCGCCUAUGAUGUCCAUGUGUCAAAAUACUACAGAUGACCACCACCAAUGGAACAACCAAGUAUAUUCAAGGGACUUUCAAUCCAUGUUAGAAUUAGGGUUAGACGAUGAACCCUGCGUGGAAGAAUCCGGCCAUGGAUCGGAGAAGAAACGGCGGCUAAGGGUGGAUCAAGUGAAGGCUUUAGAGAAGAAUUUUGAAGUGGAUAACAAGCUUGAACCUGAGAGGAAAGUGAAGUUGGCUCAAGAACUUGGUUUGCAACCAAGACAAGUUGCUAUUUGGUUCCAAAACCGCCGUGCACGGUGGAAGACAAAGCAAUUAGAGAGAGAUUACAAUGUUCUCAAAGCCAGUUUUGAUUCUCUCAAACAUAACUAUGAAUCUCUACAACAUGACAAUGAAGCUCUCUUGAAAGAGAUUUGUGAGCUGAAAUCAAAGCUAGAUGGGGGAAAUAAUGAAAGCAAAGCUGAUGUGAAAGAAGAGGCUAUAGAAUCUGAAACUGAUGACAAAGAUAUUGACCAAAGCAAGCCAAACAACAAUACUUUUUCUCUUGGAAAUUGUGAAGAUGAUAGUACAGAACUCAACUUUGAGAGCUUUAAUGGUGGAAAUGGAACUAUAAAUGGCUCCAAUAUUUUUGCUGAUUUCAAAGAUGGGUCAUCAGAUAGUGACUCAAGUGCAAUAUUGAAUGAAGAAAACAGCCCAAAUUAUGCUGCCAUUUCAUCAUCUGGAGCUUUCUUGAUUUCCAACAAUGGAGGAUCAAAUUCUUCCUCUUCAAAUUCUUCAUUGAAUUGCUUCCAAUUCUUUGACUCAAAUCCAAAAGCAAUUGUUGGGGAUGGCCAGGACAAAGUUGUUUAUAAUAAUCAGCCACAGUUUGUGAAAAUGGAGGAGCACAACUUUUUCAGCAGUGAGGAAUCAUGUAGUACUUUGUUCGUAGAUGAACAACCUCCUACACUUCAAUGGUACUGCCCUGAGGACUGGAAUAAUUGGAAAGAUUCCUAAUUUUAUGAAACCCUUGAAAAAAAUAAGGAAGUAAGAGAGUCUAAAGAAUGUUUGUUGGGGAACAAAUUUUUGUAUUGUGGGUCAAGCGUUAUCAGUACAGUAAUGUGUUUCAUCGAGUGUCGGACAGAAUCCUUUGCAAGAUAAUUUGAAUACGCGAUGAAAUAUUGUAAAUGAGUGACUUCUCUUUCCGUUCAUCGAGUGACCGAUACAAUCCUAUGCAAGACGAUUUAAAUACGCGAUGAAAUAUUAUAAAUGAGCGACCUUUCUUUUUGUUC